CAUGACAUUUGUGUCUUGGGAAGGUGUGAUGAAAACGUAACACCAGAUAGACAAAGAAUGGACGUCCUCAUGCAAGCUGGUUUGGGAAAGAUGAAACUUGUUUUCCCAAAUAAAAAGGCAAGUCACAUUGAAGUGGAGAAUUUCCUUGAGGAAAAGUUUCCUAGACUUAGAGAUGGUGGAGGAAUUGAGGUCUUCAGAGCUGUUGGAGGAGGGGGAGGCCAAAGGCCUCUCCAUUAUGUGCCCCCUGGAAGGGAGGGGUACACAGUGGCCCACUUGAGAGAACGCUUUUCUCAGGCUGCUGUUUACAUCCGGCCCUUACAAAGCGACCUAGAUGAAUCACCUUUUUCCUAUGAGGUAAACUGUUGAAUUUUUGUUGAAGGAAACGAAACAUAAUAAUUAUUAUAUUGAAGUCAAAAUAACAAUGAAGUCAGUGAAAUGGGAUGCUAUAUGCGUUUAUUAUGCUAUGAAAGUUCAAGGCAAAUACUACGUAUGAAUUGAAAGAACACUUUCCUAACUUUAACUUUUCACUUAAACACUAUUUCGUAAAUCUUAGAUUCUAAAUCAUGUAAGACAGACUUCAUGGUGGCAUAAGCAGUAAAAAGUCGAUACACUUUCAUUUAUAAGUGACCCAUUAUGUACUGUCAAAAUCUCCAUUUAAUUCACAAGGAAGUACAAGGAAAAUUCAAAGAUCAAUAUAGCAGUUUAUCAGUAGUCAGUUUUAUUUUAGACACCCUUUCAUUGGAGGCAUUGCAAGAGAUGCACAAUAUGUGUAUUUUCUCUCACAGGAUUCUGAUGAUGGCUACCCAGAUGUGACAUGCAUGUUUUGUGGAGUAAACGUUCCAUUUAGUACGUUUAAAUCACACAAAGAAAAAUGUCAGGACCCAAAGAAUGAGUAAGUGAUGGUAAUGUGCUCCACAAAGAACAAAAUAUCGAGGGUAACGGGGACUGUGCAGUGUGUUCUUUUUUUUAUUUUUAGUGCAGUCAGUAGAUUGCCUCUGGUUUUGAUAAAAAUGCAAGUGGCACUGUCAGUACUGGGUUGGUGCACACAUGGACUUUGGUGCAUUAAUGAUAUGUACAGUAUAGCAAAUUUGAAUUCAUAUACAUGUACUUUUAUUCUUAUAGAAAACUUGAUUUGCCUUCAAAUUGUGUGAUUGGUAAGUGGAUCUGACAAAUGUGACACAGCACUUCUUUAACAAGUUUAUUUGCAAUAUGAAAAUAUAACCAUACAACAUGUGCAGUUUUAAGCAUUUCCUUAGCCUUCGUGUCUUGAGGUGGUAAGCACUCUUCUACUGUCAUCUUUGUAGAGUCAUUCACUGAUGAGUCAAAACAACAAGUGCACUCACAGCUUGGUAGCCCUCAGCUUGGUAGUCUUGACCAGUUGAUACAGAUGUUUCCUUCACAUGAAGUUACAUUUCUCAAAGACGUCCUUGACAAGAAUGGAACAAUUAGUGAUGCUGUUGCUGAUAUUGUUGGAGAUCAAGACACAUGCAAUGAUAGUAUGUACUAAGACCCUAAAACAAUGUAACAUCACACCGUUUAACUUAAUUCAAAUUUUAAAUGAUAUUAUUGAAGUUUCUAUUAAUUAUGAUUGCAGAUACCAUUUUCUGCUUUAACAUGUAACUUAAUGACAACAUAAUCAUUAUAACGAACUUUGAUCCUUAGAUUUACCAAUCAGUGAUGUCACAAGUACUCUGAAAGGCCCAAAUUGUGCCAGCACUCUGAAAGAAGCACUAAAAGAAUCUGCCAGGGAAGUGUAUGGUUCCUGUAACAGCAAGAACAAAAAUAAGCUGCGCAUUAAUGUCAGGAGAGGAAAAGUGUGGAGCGACACUUUCGAAAUUGUUAGAGGCCAGGAUAAGUCAGAUUUUUACUUACCUCUUAAUGUUCGAUUCACUGGUGAGGAAGCAGUAGAUCUGGGAGGUCCAACAAGAGAAUUCUUUAGUGUACUUUUUCAAGGUCUAGAACAACAGAGAAUUGUUGCAGGUAGUUCUCCAUUUUUAACUUUUUCCCAUGAUAUCCUUGCCUAUGAAAGAAAAGAGUAUGAAAUAUUUGGGGUUUUGGUGGCUUUGAGUUUGCUAAAUGGGUGUAGUGGGCCCCAUAACUUAAGUCCAUCUCUGGUCCAUUACCUUUUAAAUCAAGAAAAGCAGUGUUGUAAGUUUAAAAUUGAGGAAAUACCCAACCCAGAUAUAAGGGCUAAGUGUCUAAAAAUUCAAGAAACAUCUGGGGAAAAGGAUUUCAGUGACAACGUUCAAGCUCUAGAUGAGAGAUUUGAUGCAGGCUUCAACAAGGCCUCUGUUUCCCUUAAUGAUAAAGAGAAACUUCUCCAAACCAUGGCUUACCACUAUGUAAUUAAUAUAUGUCAUGAUGAAAUACUGCAGUUUAAACAGGGUCUUUCAUUUGGUGGGGUACUAAAUGUUCUUCGGAGAUUUCCAAAAGAGUCAUUUACAGAGCUGACAGAUAGUACAGAAUCUGUGAUCACCCCUGAAGAUCUUACAAAUAUUUUUGAAGCAAACCUUUCUACUCGUGGUUCAAACCUGAGAAUUGCGGAAGAAGACAUACUGUAUAACUGGGAAAAUUUUCUAAGCAAUGUGUUUAGAGGAAAGGUUUCCCAAACAACUAUCUCAAUUGAGAUAAACGAGGAUGUUGAUACUGGUAAUGAUAAUGAUAAAGUUGUGGAGACCCAGAGUACUAAGGUAGUUACUCUUAAUGACAUUGUGAUGUUUUCCACUGGGUCAUAUCACUUACCAGCUACGGGAUUUGAACGGAAGGUAGAGAUU